AUACAAUUUAGGUAGAGAGAAAGACAUUUCCUCCCCUCGUAUAUAAGAGAGAGAGAGAGAGAGGCCCAUUUCAUUACAAAGGUCCAACUCUCCUGCAAAAUCAAUUUAGGAGGGGGAGAGCAUUUUCUCCCCGGUAUAUAAAACCCAUUCCAAACUCCCCUUCUUUUGCCAUUUUCUUUCAUCAAAAACUAAUGGCUUCCAUGAGAUUCUCUCUCAUCUUUGGUUUCUCUCUCUACAGCUGCCUAUUCGCAGCUGAGGCCGAGUCAAACACAAGCUCCUAUGCAGCUCUGUUCAGCUUUGGUGAUUCGCUUGCCGAUACGGGGAACAUGCUCUCUCUACAGGGCCAGUCCUCUCCCAUUGGCCGCCUUCCUUAUGGAGAGACCUUCUUUCACAGGCCUACCGGUCGCUUCUCUGAUGGCCGCUUGGUCGUUGAUUUCUUUGCCCAAGCGUUGGGUCUGCCUCUCCUUCCAGCGUAUCUUUCUACAUUGGACGGUGGAGAUGACUUCUCUAAAGGAGUGAAUUUCGCGGUGGGGGGUGCCACGGCCCUUGAUUCCUCUUCUCAAUCAGUCACCAACAUCUCUCUCAAUGCUCAGCUUCAGUGGUUCCACCAACUCCUUCCUUCUAUUUGUAAACCAUAUUCCGAUUGCAAAGAGUUUAUGAAAAAAUCGAUGUUUCUGGUGGGAGAGAUUGGAGGUAACGAUUGCAACUUUGCCUUUUUCCAAGGGAAGAGCACAGAGGAGGUCAAGGCUUUUGUGCCAUCCAUCAUUAACACGAUCAUGAAAGCUGCUUCGGAAUUCAUUAACGAAGGUGUUGAGACUCUUGUUAUACCGGGUAAUCUUCCGAUCGGGUGCAGCACUGCUUAUCUAACCAUGUUCCAAACACAAGACAAACAAGAAUAUGACCCUGAUACAGGAUGUUUGAAACGAUUCAAUGAUUUUGCAAUUUAUUAUAACUCAAAGCUCCAAGAUGCCAUACAAGUGAUGAGACAGAAGUUUCCCCAUGCCACUACCAUCUAUGCAGAUUAUUACAACGCUGCACUGCGCUUCUUCAAAUCCCCAGAAGCAUUUGGGUUGGCUAAGGAGACAGUUCACUCAGCCUGUUGUGGAGUUGGAGAUCGGUACAACUUCAAUUUUAAUCGUAUGUGUGGUACAUCUGGGGUGACAGCAUGCUCUGACCCAGCCUCGUAUAUAAGUUGGGACGGGAUGCAUCUCACUGAAACCGCUUACAAGUUCAUCACCGCAUCUUUACUAAGCGGAGAAUUCACAGAUCCUCCCCUGAGGAUUGGAAACUUGGAUGUUGCAUUGCCGCCCCUGACCAUGCCGAAUCCAACAAGCCAAGGUCCUGAAGCUAUGCAUGUAACUGUAUGUGUUUAUGUAUUUCUAAUCACAAGUUUGUUCUUUUGUUUGAAUGAAUUAAACCAAGGUUUUACUUUUUACCUUGAUAUAAUGUAAGGCUUGCCCAAACCUCACUAGGUGUUUAGAUUUUUUGAAGACCACAUUUAUCCAUCCUCUUUCUUUUACAUCAGUACAAUGAAAUUCAAAUUCACA